AUGUUUGAAGAAGCAAUAAACGAGUUGAGAGACAAUGCAAAGAACAAGUUUCAGACAAAGAAAGGAAGAGCACCAAGUACAUUUGAUCCAGACUCAUUCAAGGAUUCAGUGAAGUUUCUUAUGGAACAUGAUGCAGAUGGAUGGGUUGAACGUGUUUUUACGAUCUUUCCAAGAGAGCUCAUUGAAACAUUUCGUCCAGCUGUACUUCAGAGACUCAGACAAGAUUUCAUCUACGCAGUUCAAAUGGUAAUUGUUUUCAGCAAGAAUGACAAGAUACAGGAGAAGUGUGAGAAGGAUUGCAAGAAGAUCUUCAGGAAAUACAGAAAGACGAAGAAGAAUGGAAAGGGGAAAGGAAUGACAAAAUACCGUGCAGAAUGCAGAGUUCCAAAAGAUGGUUCAUUUGUAUAUUUUCACAAAAGAGAUACACAUGAACUUUACGAAGGUGUUCUGGAGAGAACUACUUCUCAUGUUGAUGAUCAUGAUGUCAAAUUGUACAUUGUCCACGAUACUUUCCUUCGCGCAGAAUGGGAGACUCAAAAUUGGCAUCGUAUAUUACCACAUUCAGAACCAAACACGAUCGUUUACCAAGCUCAGAAAAGAAUUCGUGAACGAACAAGGGUAAUCUUCAACAACAUCCUUCAUGAACUGCGCGGAGAAGAAAGUCGAUGA